CUCUCUGCACAAACGUGACUGCAAUGGUUGCUUUAGCGAAAGCCGAGACAAACUUGCCAGCACCGUGAAGGCGACACGUCGCCCCUUCAGCUACGAUUUGUACGGGACGUCGGGGGACACAUAUUUUUCAACCGACCCUCGUGAACGGUGCAGCUCGGAGGUCUUUAAAGGAGCCGACAGAAAAGUUUCAAAAGAGACUGCCGCGGUUUGAAAAAGACAGCCGGGCGAUCAAACUUCCACCAGCUAUCUGAGGGAAGCGGGAGGAGGAGUCAACAGGUCCCAGAGUGAAGGAGCUGCAAUCGAUUCAAAGGGAGAUUUUCUCGGCCAAAGACGGAAAGACUGACGGUUUUGGGGCUUUGCAACCACAAAGAGGAGGCCCGUCGAAGGAGAACAACUCUCUUGGCAUCAUGUGAUCUGUACAUUCCCCUGGAUUGCUCUGCAACAGAGGAGGGAAUCUGCUCUCCGGUGGAAACAUCCAAAACACUAACACCCCCCUAUCACUACCGAGUCGCCCCUUCAUGACUCAACUUGCCUUUUUCUCCCCCUUCAUCUUCAAGAUAAGAAAUGGCUGUGCUAGUUCCCUGUCCCUCCAACGCCUCUUGUAAAUAAAGUCUUUUUGACUGUUUAACAAUAGCAGAGAAAGGAGGGAUAAAAGACCCUGCCGUCUCCUUUGAUACUUCUACUCUUUCUUUUUGUCCUUGGUAACUGAAGCCUUUAGUACACACACUGACUCAACCAGAUUUUUUUGUUUGUUUUUUCUUCUAUUCAGAACGUUUUUAAAACCUCAAGGAGAUUUGUAUUUUUUUUUUUCCUCUUGGAGUCUUUUGGAAUAUCUGCCCGUCUAUGGGGGAUUAAGUCUCUCCAGGAUUCUACCAGAACUUUUUUCUUCAAAUUCUGUUUCCGUCUGGAGCUGGACUGAGCCAUAAUGGCUGGAAAGGGCAACCCGGUGCCGGGCGGCCACCUAAACGGCUUCCCCGUGCCCACCUACUCCUACUUUUUUCCCCACAUGCUGGGCAGCUUGUCGCCUCCAGCGCUGCCCGGUCUGCCCCUCAGCGGAUACAGCACCCCCUCCCCAGCUACGAUAGAGACCCAGAGUACCAGCUCAGAGGAGAUAGUGCCAAGCCCGCCCUCGCCCCCCCCACCGCCCCGUGUCUACAAGCCCUGCUUUGUGUGCCAGGACAAGUCCUCAGGGUACCACUAUGGUGUCAGCGCCUGUGAAGGCUGCAAGGGCUUCUUUCGGAGAAGCAUCCAGAAAAACAUGGUGUACACUUGUCACCGGGAGAAGAACUGCAUCAUCAACAAAGUCACCCGCAACCGCUGCCAGUACUGUCGGUUACAGAAGUGCCUGGAAGUCGGCAUGUCGAAGGAAUCGGUGAGGAAUGACAGGAACAAGAAGAAGAAGGAUGAGAAGAAGCAGGAGUGCACGGAGAGCUACGUGCUGAGUCCCGACACGGAGCAGAUGAUCGACAGGGUUCGCAAGGCACAUCAGGAAACUUUCCCCUCUCUCUGCCAGCUGGGCAAAUACACUACGUCUAACAGCUCAGAACGCCGCGUUUCCUUGGACAUUGACCUGUGGGACAAGUUCAGCGAGCUCUCCACCAAGUGCAUCAUCAAGACGGUGGAGUUUGCAAAGCAGCUGCCCGGCUUCACCACGCUCACCAUCGCUGACCAGAUCACUCUGCUCAAGGCCGCCUGUCUGGACAUUCUGAUUCUGCGGAUCUGCACACGCUACACGCCGGAACAGGACACCAUGACCUUCUCCGACGGACUCACGUUAAACCGGACCCAGAUGCACAACGCCGGCUUCGGCCCGCUCACGGACCUGGUUUUCGCUUUCGCCAACCAACUCCUCCCUCUGGAGAUGGACGAUGCAGAGACGGGACUGCUGAGCGCCAUCUGCCUGCUGUGUGGAGAUCGGCAGGACUUGGAAGAGGCAGACAAAGUGGACGUCCUGCAGGAGCCACUUCUGGAGGCGCUGAAGAUUUACGUGAGGAAGAGAAGGCCCCACAAACCGCACAUGUUCCCCAAGAUGUUGAUGAAGAUCACCGACCUGAGAAGCAUCAGCGCUAAAGGAGCCGAGCGCGUCAUCACCCUGAAGAUGGAGAUCCCCGGCUCCAUGCCGCCUCUCAUCCAGGAGAUGCUUGAGAACUCGGAGGGCCUGGAAAGCGGGGCUGUGGGCGGCCGACCCAGCGGCGCCCCCCCUGGCAGCUGCAGUCCCAGUCUGUCCCCCAGCUCUGCCCAAAGCAGCCCCGCCACCCAGUCGCCGUAGUCGCGGCUCACUGUUAGAUUUUCCUUCCUCCUCUCCGUCUCACACGCCGGCACUCUGACGGGGGGCGGUGGGGACUUGUCCCAGCAAGUCCCCACCUUCCCGAUCUGUCUCGGGGCACUGCGGGGCUCUAACCAGGUGUGAGGCGGGUUCGGGCCCGGCCGGCCGGUGGGGGGCCUCAGAGAGAACACACCGUAAACACUGCUUACGCCUCCCCCUCCACUCUCCUCUACACCUCUCUCCGAAGAACUGAUGGAAAACAGGCGUGGGCGGGUUCUGAAGGAUCCGGGGAGCUGAGCUGAGCUGAGCGCGGCACAGCGGGACAAACAACAGAACAAGGACUCUGAACGCAGACUGACUUGACAAACACCAGACACUUUUCGUUUUGUUUCUCUUUAGUUGUAUUCUGAGGCAGACUACAGCUUAGGGACUUUUUCAAAAGACCUCACUCCUCAAAGACUUUGGGUCUUUUUAUUUUUUUUCCAAUAAAAAAAAAAAACAGAUUUCGUACAGAAGAUAUAUAAAUAUAUAUAUAGAAAACUUAAGGAACUAUUGUGAUGGGCAUGUCCAGAACAGAAUUUCAGGUUGGACAUGUUUACUGAGCUGAGAUUAGAAGUUGUUGUAUUCCUUCACCGUUUGAUUCUUUUCUUACCUCUCGAGUGUAAUAAGAGAGAUGUUUCAGUUUGUAUAUUGUCCUAAUUAACAAAAAAACAACAAAAAAAACAUGAAUUUCCUCUCGAGUCUGCACAUGAAAUCACACAGACACACAAAAAAGUGCACAGAAAACCAGUGAGUAUCACCUCCUAUUCCAGAUUGGUUCUGUUUGCAAAUUUUUUUCCCUUUUUUCUUGUCGUUUUCUUUCAAGAGAAUGAAAAAAAAUGAUUAAACUGAUUGUAUGAACGUGGUUGUAUUAUAUGGUCACAGGUCCUUUCAAGUAAAUCAAAUUAAUGAAGAUUCAUUAUUAAGGUGUAUUUUAAGUGGCCUUUAAGUUUGUGUAUAUAAGCUGUAUUCAUUUCUUUAAAACUAUGAAGAGUUUUAGGCUUCACCUGUUUUUUUUAAUGCCUUUUAUGUGUUUUGUUUAUAGAUUUGUGAGUCAUGAAAAUACAUUUUGAGCACAUUGUACUGAAGGAAGUUCUUUCAUGUUUUUUGUCCUACAGAGAGUAGUGGACAGACAUUUCACAGAUCACUGGCUGUUCAGAAUGUGGCUUUUUUUUGCCAACGAUGUAAACUUUUUUGCCCCUUUUUCAAUUUAAAAAAAAGUGUUUUAUGUACAGUAGAUGACAGAGUAGCACUCCCGCUGGGGCAUAGCUUUUUUUUUCUUUUUUUUUUUUUUCCUCACCCCUGCAGCAUAAAGAAAAUUGGUGCGAUAGAUGUCAUCAAGCUUUGAAGAGAAGAUGUGAGGAGCGGUGUACAUCGCUGUUCAAGCCAGUAUGUGAAGGUCCCAAAAUAGGAUGCAACCCCCCCCCCCCCCUUUCAUUCCUGGAAACCUGUGAUAGUAACUAAUGACUUUUCUUUUUUCUUUUUCUUUUUCUUUUUUUUUGCUGGAUCCUCACUGUUUCACCAAAAACGCCUUCACCAUGAAUUCAUCUGGACCAUCUUUACUGUAAACGCACCGAUGUCUCAGGAAGGAAUCAUUUUUGUGUGCUCAGCCUGUUAUUUGUAUAUCUGUGAUGCAAACCCCACCCCCCACACCUUUCCCCCCCCAAGCCUCUGAUCACAAAUGCACAUGUGGACACAUUUCUGCUACUGAGCCCCUUGAAUCCCCUCCAUUCCUCCCUCCCUCCAGCACACACAAACAAUCACCCAGCAUUGUUAAGGUCUGCCAGACCAGGACUGGUGCAGAGAGACUCGGCCCGCCGCAGUCGUCUCCUACUUUUUGUUUUUUUUGUACGGUUAAAAAAAGAAAAAAGCUGCUUUCAUCCUUGCGGAUUUACUUGUCCAGAACGGCGCACAACGUUUCCCUCCACAGCUAAUCUGGAAUAGCAAGAGACACACCAUCAGUUUGAGAAGAAUAUGUUGCAAUUUUGUCAAGAUUAUCAAGGAACUUUAAAAAAAGACAAAAAAAUCUAAUAAAAAAUAAUAAAACCAACAUUUAAUAAUUAAA